UUCAACAAGCCAUGGCAGUGGACCCCGGUAGUCAGCAGGCAGCAGCUAGAGGGGCAUUUGGAGUAGCCUCGCUUCGUCCGUGUCGCCCCAUUUCCAAGCAGUGUUCCUUUAAGCUUGACUCAAGCAGCUUCGCGUCCAGAUUCAGUGAAUCUCGCGUGUCCGUUUCUGUGCCGUUGCGCGUUCUCCCCUCGCCCAGCUCUGCUUCCACCGCUUCCUCCACCCCCUUUCCGACUGCGCCUGACUUGCGCCACUUCCGCAGAGCCACGCACGCAGCUACCGGCGCGCAAUCAGCGCAAAAAGGAAGCCGCAGAUCCAGGCAGCGUUCUGAUGCAGAAGGACGGGAUGGAGGGGACGAGCGGAGGGGAAGGGGAAAGGCGCAAGAGACUAGAGGAUCCGCUGACGUGGGCUCUUCGGAUAGGCUGUUAGUGGAGCAGCAGCAGCAGCGGUGGGCUGACGUGGCAGCUGACAUGGACUUCCUGACCAGGACGGUUCGGCUGGUGCAGUGGUACCCAGGGCACAUAGCCAAGGCGGAGAGGGACCUAAAAGAGCAACUGAGAUGGGUGGACGUGGUGAUCGAAGUGAGGGACGCGAGAAUACCCCUGGCCACCACACACCCUCAGCUGGACGAGUGGAUUGGCGACAAGCCGAAAGUACUGGUGCUGAACCGAGAGGACAUGGUGACGGCAGCAGAUCGGCGCGCAUGGGCGGAGUACUACGGGGAUCGGGAGGAUGGCGGUGCGUUCUGCUUCACCGACGGGCAGCAUGGGGCGGGCAUCUUGAAGCUCACUCGCCAGGCCAUGAGCGUCAGCAAGGCCAUCAACACACGCAGAAGAGACAAAGGACUCCGCCCGCGCUCGGUGCGCGCAGCCGUGGUGGGCUUCCCCAACGUGGGCAAGUCGGCUGUCAUCAACCGGCUGCUCAACCGCCGAGUGGUCGCCAGCGCUCCAAGGCCCGGGGUCACCAGGGAGGUCAAAUGGGUGCGGCUGGGAGAGGGCUUGGACUUGCUGGAUGCGCCGGGGGUGCUGCCAGCGCGGAUAGCGGAUCAAGCAGCGGCAGCUCGGCUGGCCAUGUGCAAUGACAUUGGCGAAGCGGCUUAUGCCGUGGCUGGUGUGGCGGCGAUCCUGGUGGAGCUGCUGAAGAGACUGCCCACUGCUGGUCCGCAUGUGCUGUCAAACCGGUACAAGAUCAAAGCGGACGAGCUAAGCGGCGAAGAGUUCCUGGAGGCACUGGCUGACCGACUGUGCAUGGGAGAUGUGAACCAGGCAGCCCACAGGGUGCUCAAGGAUUUCAGGCGAGGGGCCUUUGGCUGGAUCGCCCUCGAGAGGCCUCCCUUGUGAUUGGAAUGAGGGUGUAUUGUAGUAACAUGGUACUAACCAGCCUAUGUACAGAUGUGCUUAUUUUUUGUGAACCGUACUAGUGCUUUUCAGCACUUGACAGUGGGUGGCCCGAAAACGUUCAUUUGGUACUGAACUGA